ACCUGUUCCUCGGUCCAGCGGUGUCCUGCUUUCACCAGCCGUCUUCUCUCCCUGGUGCCGGAAUCUUCAGUGUGGGCACCAGGCUGUGACAGCUUGCGGCUUCACAGUAAAGUGCUCACUGCGCAUGCGCUUUGUGAAUGGCCCCGUAGUCUUCUGGGACCUGUCACGUGUCCCCCAAGACUAUGGGGAGGAAGGGGGGGGAUAAAUUUGGUCUCUGGUCAUCUCCUGUACUGUGUCUGCAGUCUCUGGUCAUCUCCUGUACUAUGUCCGCAGUCUCUGGUCAUCUCCUGUACUAUGUCAGCAGUCUCUGGUCAUCUCCUGUACUAUGUCCGCAGUCUCUGGUCAUCUCCUGUACUAUGUCCGCAGUCUCUGGUCAUCUCCUGUAAUAUGUCUGCAGUCUCUGGUCAUCUCCUGUACUAU